AUGCUGAAUUCCACGCUCCUCCCCACCUACUUCAGCUCCCCUCUCAUCACCACCAUCCCUACUAUCAAAUACGCCGCCAACGGCAGACAGAUGAGCUUCGCCGAGACAGAAGUCCAGCGCCUCGAGCGCCUUGCUUUUGCCAACGCGUCCAAGUCGCGCUCCGGCUCGCCCACGCAGAGCCGCGGCACAUUUUCGGGAUCCGCUUCACCUAAGAUGCAGCUGAUCUCCGAGCCUUACGGGGACCCCAUUGAGCUCAUGGCGAACCGCCUCGCCGAAGAAUUUUCCAUUUCCUCUGACGAUUUCUCUUCUUCCGACGAAGAAUACCACGUCUUCUAUUCGACGCCCAAGAGCGCCCCAUCACCAUCUUCUCGCAAGAGUUCGUUCAAGCCCGGCCACAGGCGAAAGCGGUCCUCUCUCUCUUCCAUCCCUGAGGAGGAUUAA